AAAGUUUGGAACAUCGAACCAGUUAAGUUUGCUAUUGUGACUAAAAAUGGUGCGAAAUUUGAAGACUUAGACAUAGAAGGUUUGUUAGCAGUCAAAGAAAGUUUUGACAGAAGGUUCUCAAACCUUAAAGAAGGCAAAGCAUACAAACUUGUUAUACCUUAUGAACCAAAGAAGACAGACGACUAUGAAUAUUAUGAGUCUAAAGUUGUAGAAGUUCAAGGUAAAUUGGGUAAAAAGAUUUUAGAGUCUAAGCCAGUGUUUACUCCUAAAGAGGAAGAGAACAUUGACAUUGACCCAGAAAUGUUCUAA